AUGGCUUGGAGUGAGUACACACAGACAGAUGCGUCCCUUCAAGUUGGCAACCAGUCACUGGACAGUCAGGCAUUCUACUUGCUGAAUGAUUGCAGGAACAAUCGCAUGCCAGUAUCCACUGUUACCAUAAUAUCAAGUAACACAGAGCUGGUUGAGUUUAACAGCACUGUGAGUCUCGUCUGCUCUGCGUCUGGCUCGUCUCUUUCAUUCAUUUGGCUGAAUCGCAGCUCUGCAGUAACAGCAGGGGAGCGAGUUCAGCUAACAAACAGCAACAGCAAUCUGACCAUUACCAGUGUGAUCAGAGAUGGUCCAGAAAAUGUCAGAGUUGUAGCAGCUCCAGUGGGACCUUCCUACAGCUCUGGGUCAAACCUCAUAUUGAUCUGUUUAGCUGAUUCCAGUCCUGCUGCUGAGUUUCAGUGGGCUGUGAAUGGAACAGAGCUUGGUAAAAUGGGCCAAGAGCUCAGACUGAGCAACAUUCAGAGCAGUCAUAGCGGCAAUUAUACCUGCAUGGCCCAUAACAAACAGAGCCUGAGAUACGCCACAUCUGAACCCAUCAGGAUCACUGUACUAGGUGGGUUAUAA